AUGAGUGAGCAUGAUACUGACUCAGAACAAGAAUGUGACGAUCAAGUAUUUUCGAAUUAUGACGAAUCUUCGGAAAUAUCAAACGAAGAGCACUUGGGUUUGGGAUUGGUGAACGAAUCUAUGGAAGCUCUCGAAUCUGCGUUCAGUGAUUGUGAUGAAGAACCAUUGAUAAAUAUUUCGUCCAGUAACUUUAACGUAGCAAAAAGGAGAGAGAAACUACAGUCGAGGGCAAGUAUUACGAAUUUGCCGCGUGAUUUGAGACAGACAGUUGAAGAAGAUUUGUACCACCACUUCAGGAUAUUCAACCUGAAGUAA